AUGAUCAAAUUGAAAUGCUUCAAAGUAUUAACGUGUGUUCAUCAUGUGCAAUGUGGUGAUGAUGGUACUGAUCAUUUUGUUUCUUUGCAAAAAGCGAGGACGGUCCGAUCUGGUCCGUUCGGUUCUCUUAAUGACUGCGCAUACAAUUGCACGCCUGCAAUAGCAUAUAUUGAGAAUUCCCUGGGGAGUUACAACAAAUAUCAUGUCAAAUAUAUGUUUAGUUUUCCUUCUGAAAAGAGGAAGGAGAACGGAUGCUGCCAAAGUACUUGCCGUGACUGGUCCGAUAUUUCGGACGGAGUCAGUUCUUCAGUGCUUGGAUCCCAGAAGUCUGCAAAUAUCCUCCUUUACAUGACCCAAUUUUUCAAACUAUUCAAGAGCUGA